CGGCUAGGACCGAGGGGACGCACGAGCACCGGCGAUGGGCCCCGCGGCUCGGCUGGCGGCGCUGCUGGCGGCGCUGGCGCUCGGGGCCGGGGACCCUGCCGGGGCGGCGGCGCGCAGGGAAACCUUCUCGGCGCUGACCAGCGUGGCGCGCGCCCUGGGGCCUGAGCGCCGGCUGCUGGGGCUGCUGCGGCGCUACCUGCGCGGGGAGGAGGCGCGGCUGCGGGACCUGACCAGAUUCUAUGACAAGGUGUUGGCUUUGCAUGAGGACUCCCCCACCCCUGUGGCGAACCCCCUGCUUGCUUUCACCCUCAUCAAGCGCCUGCAGUCUGACUGGAGGAACGUGGUGCAUAGCCUGGAAGCCAGUGAGAACAUCCGAGCCCUGAAGGAUGGUUUUGAGAAAGUGGAGGAAGAUCUCCCAGCCUUUGAGGACCUGGAGGGGGCGGCCAGGGCCCUGAUGCGGCUGCAGGACGUGUACAUGCUCAAUGUCAAGGGCCUGGCCCGUGGGGUCUUUCAGAGGGUCACGGGCUCCACUGUCACCAACCUCUACAGCCCCCAUCGGCUCUUCUCUCUCACGGCGGAUGACUGCUUCCAAGUGGGCAAGGUGGCCUAUGACAUGGGGGAUUACUACCAUGCCAUUCCUUGGCUGGAGGAGGCUGUCAGCCUCUUCCGUGGAUCCUACGGGGAGUGGAAGACGGAGGAUGAGGCAAGUCUAGAAGAUGCCCUGGAUCACUUGGCCUUUGCUUAUUUCCAGGCAGGAAAUGUUUCCUGGGCGCUCAGCCUGUCUCGAGAAUUUCUUCUUUACAGCCCUGAUAACAAGAGGAUGGCCAGAAAUGUCUUGAAAUAUGAAAGGCUUUUGGCUGAAAGCCCCAACCAGGCGAUGACAGAAGCUGCCCUCCAGAGACCCAAUGUGCCCCACCUGCAGACCAGAGACACCUACGAGGGCUUGUGUCAGACACUGGGCUCCCAGCCCACUCACUACCAGAACCCCAGCCUCUACUGCUCUUAUGAGACCAACUCCAGCCCCUACCUGCUGCUGCAGCCCGUCCGCAAGGAGGUCAUCCACCUGGAGCCCUAUGUUGCCCUCUACCAUGAUUUCGUCAGUGACUUGGAGGCCCACAAGAUCCGAGAGCUUGCGGAACCGUGGCUGCAGAGAUCGGUGGUGGCAUCCGGGGAGCAGCAGUUGCAGGUGGAGUACCGCAUCAGCCAGAGUGCCUGGCUGAAGGACACGGUAGACCCACUGUUGGUGACCCUCGACCACCGCAUUGCCGCCCUCACCGGUCUGGAUGUACAGCCUCCCUAUGCAGAGUAUCUGCAAGUGGUAAACUAUGGCAUCGGAGGGCACUAUGAGCCUCACUUUGACCAUGCUACGUCGCCAAGCAGCCCCCUGUACAGAAUGAAGUCUGGGAACCGAGUGGCAACAUUCAUGAUCUAUCUGAGCUCGGUGGAAGCUGGAGGAGCCACAGCCUUCGUCUAUGCCAACUUCAGUGUGCCCGUGGUGAAGAAUGCAGCUCUGUUCUGGUGGAACCUGCACAGGAGUGGCAAGGGUGACGGGGACACACUUCACGCUGGCUGCCCUGUCCUGGUGGGAGACAAGUGGGUGGCCAACAAGUGGAUCCAUGAGUACGGACAGGAAUUCCGCAGGCCCUGCAGCUCCAGUCCUGAAGACUGAAGUGCUGUGGUCCAGAGGAGCUGGUGUGGAGUCCCGGGGCUCUCCAGGGAAGCAGGGAGCUGAAGCUGGUGUGGUAGGAGAAGGAACAGAAGCGUCUAGGACAUGAGCCUCGGUGGAACUGCGAGUUUCCUGCCCCCCCCCCAAUGGGGAGCAAGGGAUCAAUUGAUCUGCAUCAGUAGACCCUCAGGAAUGUUCCAUCGUGUCUGCUGUGGCCAUGAGAGGCAGAACAGCAGGGACAACACCAGCAUUGGCCGUGGGGCCUGAGGAGGAAGUUUUGGAACUCAGACAUUUUCAUGAGGUGGGGAUUUGGCUACCUUGAACUUUGACCACGGGACCCAGAAGUGACCCCGUAACACUUGCGGAGGGACCAACUGGCCAGGCAUCCUUGGCAUUCAGGCCUGCUUCCUGGGGACUUCCUCUGGAGCUUGAGCAGGGGGUGCCUCCAGCCCAGGGGGUGUCCCAGUCCACAGUGCCAAGUUGAACCUUUGUUAAAUAGCCAGUCUUCCUCUCUUUUUUAUAUGAGUGUUUUGUGAUAUAAACAUUAAAAGAGUUUUUCCAGAU